AGUUAGGUGUUAGAGGGUGUGCUGUGCAUCGUCUGUAUAUUCUGGAAAGUUAUACAUUCUAAUAUUUCAAAAUGCUGGAAAUAUUGUUUAACAUAGAUAAUGGUUAUUUAGAAGGUUUAGUGAGAGGUUUUAAAUGUGGAAUAUUAAAAGUUGCUGAUUAUCACAAUCUUGUGCAAUGCGAAACGUUGGAAGAUCUUAAAGUGCAUUUACAAAGUACGGAUUAUGGAAAUUUUCUUGCUAAUGAGCCAAGUCCGUUGACUGUUAGCAUCAUUGAAGACAAACUUAGAGAAAAAUUGGUUGUAGAGUUUCUGCAUAUAAGAAACCAAGCUGUAGAACCAUUGUCCACUUUCUUGGAUUAUAUUACUUACAGUUACAUGAUUGAUAACAUAAUUCUCUUGAUCACUGGAACUCUUCAUCAACGACCUAUAUCCGAACUUAUUCCAAAAUGUCAUCCAUUAGGAAGUUUUGAUCAAAUGGAAGCUAUUCAUAUUGCUACGACACCUGCUGAAUUGUAUAAUGCUGUUAUUGUUGAUACUCCUUUAGCUCCUUUCUUUGUUGAUUGCAUAUCAGAACAAGACUUGGAUGAAAUGAAUAUAGAAAUAAUUAGAAAUACAUUGUACAAGGCCUAUCUGGAGGCAUUUUACAACUUCUGCAAAGAACUUGGAGGUAUCACUGCUGAAGUAAUGUGUGAAAUACUGGCUUUUGAAGCAGACAGAAGGGCUUUUAUCAUAACCAUCAAUUCAUUUGGAACUGAACUUACCAAAGAUGAUAGAGCUAAACUUUACCCUCAUUGUGGCAAACUAUAUCCUGGUGGUUUACAGGCUUUAGCAAAAACUGAGGAAUAUGAACAAGUCAAAGCAGUUGCUGACUAUUAUGUUGAAUAUCAGAAGUUAUUUGAAGGUGCUGGUACAAACCCUGGUGAAAAAACUCUUGAAGACAAGUUCUUUGAACAUGAAGUGCGUCUGAACAGCAGUGCUUUUCUCCAGCAGUUUCAUUAUGGAGUAUUUUAUGCAUAUGUGAAGCUAAAAGAACAGGAAUGUAGAAAUAUUGUGUGGAUCUCCGAAUGUGUAGCUCAGCGACAUCGGGCAAAAAUAGAUAACUACAUACCAGUUUUCUAGUCACUUGAAUUCAUUAAGUAUUGCCAUAUUUUAGCCAAGGGAAAUUUUUUAUGUCUAAAUAUCAUUCCAGAACUUGUUAAUGUUUGUUAUACAUAGAAAUUGGAUUUAAUAGGCUAUGAUAAUAUAUUUCAGAAAGUAACCUAAUUUAUAUUGUUGCUGGUUGUAUAUUUUGAUUGUGUAUAUAAUGUUUAGUCUAGAGUGUGUCUUGGUGAAAAAUAAGCUUCAUUGUAAUAGAAAUGGAGAAUCUAAAGGUUUUUUUUUUUUUUUUUUUUUUUUUUUAAUGUAUCUCUAAUAAUAAUGUUUUACACCCUUUGUUUUACAUAUUAAGAAAGUUUAAUGCAUUCUAUUCAUAAGUAUGGUGCUAGUUGUAUAUUGAAAAUGUUUAUUUAUAUUGUAAAUGGGUUGAUAUUUUUAAAUUAUAAAUUCUAGCUUCCUUUUUGUAACAUAAAUUUUUUGCGUUUUAGAUAACUUGAUAGUUGAUACCAAAAUGUAAAUUUAGAGUAAUUAUGUGACUAUUAAAAAAUAUAUUAUAAAAAUUAAUGUGUUAAUUUAAUAUGUGACAAGUACUGCAGUGUUGUUUUAAAUGUCCUUGUUAUGUUUCUUGCUUUCUAAAUUUUCCUAAAGAAUAUUAUUAUAAAUGUGCCUCUGUAGUUUGUGAGAAGUAAUGUAGCAUAUAUGCUUGUUAUUUUUAUUUAUUAGGUAUGUAAAACAGCAGGUUUUUCAGCUCUAAUUCAUUACUUGGUAACGUACUUUUCUUAUUGAACUUCUGUAUGGUAAAGGAAAAAAAAAAAAGUGCUGAGUUAUUUCUUUCCAUAUGGGGACCAUCAAAGCCUCAAAAUAUCAUUGGAUUUGCACAUUAAUUAUCAAGACUCUAUGAAGCAAUAAUUAUAGCCUUUAACAGCAAAAAUCACAUUAUCUGAAUCUUGUUUGGCAAGCAUAUAAUGUAUUGAUUUUAAGUUGUGUAUAAUUGUGUUCCUGCACAACAUAUAAGUUGGAUUAAUGUAACCAAAGAUGACUUUGAAUCUUGUAAAUAAAUCUGCAUAUUGUGAUGAUAAAUGUUUUGGAAUUAUUAUGAAUAAAAAUUGUGUGCAUGUGUUGCCAAAACUUUAAA